AUGCCUAGUCCGACCUUAGGGAGAAUGAGGAUUCAUUGUUUAGAAAACAUCGACAAAUCCCUCUUCUUUUUAAGCAAUUUCGGAGUUCAUUUAGAAAAUAUAGGGGCACAUGAUAUUGUUGAUGGAAAUGCAAGGAUUACACUUGGACUAUUAUGGAUGAUUAUUCUUCGUUUUCAAAUUCAAGAUAUCAUAUUUUUGGAGAAAGUCGAUCCUCUAGGAAUCAAAAGUGAUGUGCAACGAUAUUCAAAGGAAGCUUUAUUAUUAUGGUGCCAGCUGAAGACUGCAGGUUAUCGGAACGUUGACGUGCAAAAUUUUACAACUAGUUGGCGUGAUGGCUUGGCUUUCAACGCUCUUAUCCACAGGCAUCGUCCAGAUCUGGUCAAUUUUAAUGAAUUGUCAGUAAACACACCACUGCAAAAUUUGGAGUCUGCCUUUAUAGUUGCGGAAAAGAAUUUGGGCAUAUCUAGGCUCUUCGAUCCUGAAGACAUAUAUGUCCAACAGCCAGAUGAAAAAUCUAUUGUUACUUAUGUUGCUACAUAUUAUCAUUACUUUUCAAAAAUGAAGUCGGAAACUGUUCGUGCCCGUCGUUUGGAAAAAUUUAUAACUUACUGGCGUGAUCUCCAGAAUUCUUUCGAUUGGUACGAAAGACGUGCUUCAGAUCUUUUGUCAUGGAUUGCCAAAACAGUAUUGUGGUUGAAUGAUCGUCGUUUUCCCAAUCAAGUUGAAGAAAUUCAACAGAUUAUGGUUUCAUUUAAAGAAUAUCGUCUUCAAGAAAAGUCGGACAAGUUCAAUGAAAAAGGUGAACUUGAAGCUCAUUUUCUUUUAACGCGUACAAAAAUGAGAACACUCGGACUUAGAAAUUAUAUACCAUCCACAGAGGCACAAAUAUCCCAACUCAAUCGUGCAUGGAAUGCCUUAGAGAAAGCUGAGUAUGGACGUGAAAUAGCUUUGAGAGAAGCGCUAGACAAGCAAAAACGUCUACUGCAUUUGUUUUCACGCUACGAAAAGAAAGCAAAUUUGAGAAAAGCUUGGAUUAAUGAUAAUUUUAAAUUGGUUGAGGUAUGUGAUGAUGAUAAGAAUUUAGCAAUGACUGAAGCGUCAUUAAAAAAGUAUGAAGCUCUAAAAGCUGAUAUUUAUGCAUAUUUUGACAGAAUACAGACAAUUCAACAGAUUGCUGAUGAACUCAUUGGUAAUGAUUUUUUUAAGCGAGAUAUUGUUUUAAAAGUCCAAAAAGAAAUUCAACAUAUGUGGGAUCGGCUCUUAAAAGUAAUGAAUGAAAGAUACAAAAUUCUUGAAAAUAGAAAAAACCUGUUUAAAAAGUUUUCAGAAACAGAUUAUCUCAUGGGAUCUAUACAAUCUCUUUUGUCUAAAUUACAAAUCGAUGAACUUGAUAAUCACUUAGCUGCUAUUGAAGAACGUUUAAAACAAUAUGAAUUAAUAGAAACAGAUAUACGUUCAAUUCAUCGAAAUAUAUCAACCCUUUUUGAAUUAGAAUCUCAAAUUGAAUACUCUCCAGAGUUGUUUGGUUUUAAAACUAAUACUGUAGCAACUGAAAUAAAAAAACAAAAUAAUCUGUUAAAAGAUGCUUAUUCACAACUUGUACAAUUGAUCGAAUCUAAGCAACGGUCUAUAGAAUUUCUAAAACUUUAUCACGGUUCAGAAUAUGAGUUAGAUGAACAGUUAAUUUCAAUAGAAGAACGUAUAUCAUUUUUGCAGAAAAGUGAAGCGUUUGUUGACAAUGAAACACAAAGAUUGAUUAUCACUCGACUAUUUGAACGAACUUCCAGUUUAAUUGAAGAAGAAUGUCCAAAUUAUGAAAAUCUAAAAGAAAAGGUGACAAAAGUUGAAAAAGCGUGGGAACAACUCAUAAAUCUAAUGGCUAAACGUAAAACUAAUUUAUUAUUUAUGAAAGAUUUACGUUCUUUUGUGUUAAGUUGUGAUGAUGCAGAUGCAUGGAUAUCGGAAAAAUAUGAACUAAGUUCCAGUGCAAUGCGUCUUGCUAUGCAAACUGACAGUAUUUAUACUAUAGAAAAAUUAACGAAACAACAUCAGGAAACUAUUUCCAGUGUGAAUAACUUCCAGACUACUAUUGAUCAAAUGAAGCUUCAAGCAGAUGAGUUAUUAGGAUAUAUAGACUAUUUGUAUACUGUAGCUGAUAAAGAUGUUAAAUCAACAGAACCUAUUUUAGAGGCUACCAUAAAAUCUAAGAAUGAGGUUGGAAAUUUAAUAAAGAAUAGAAUGAAAAGUCUCUUAGAUUCGUUUUCUGUUCUUAGUGGAUGCAUUCGUCAGACACAGUUUCUACUUUUAGACGCUGUAUCACUUCAUCAGUUGUUCCAAAUAGCUUCAUCGACGUAUAACUGGAUUAUUGAGAAGGAAGUUUAUAUCCAGCUGUUAAUAAUGGACGACCUAAAAGAAGAAGAGUUUUCUAAGAUUAUAGAAGGCGAUGCCAGUGCUAACCAAGGAUUAAUUCAAAGAUUAGAAAUUGUUAAAAAUAGAUUUUCUGACUUAGAGGAACAGAUGAGUACAGCAGCUGAGCAAGUGUCUACUGUAAACAUGAUGAUUGCUAAUUUUUUAAAUGAACCAAAAAGAGAUGAUCAAUCAUUAGUUAAUAAAGAAAUGACAAUUGAAAAAGUUAUCAAUGUUCAAGAUCAUUUAAACUCAGCUUGGAAUAGAAUCGCUGAUACAGUUGAAUCUCAUAGAGACAGAAUAGUUGAAGAAUCAUUUUAUAUUAAUUUAUUCAUUGAAUGUAAAUAUACAUCUGAAUGGAUUACAGAAAAAGAAGCAGUUUUAUUUUCAACAGAUUCCAUUGAUGCUAAUAGUUUAACUGGUUUGGUAGAAUUAAGAAGACGUUUAUUUAAUUUACAAGGAGAUUUAAAAGCAAUUGAAGCACGAGUUCAAAAUAUUGGUGAACGUAUAGGAGAAUUACUUGGUAUGACAGAACAACAAGAAAUUGCAUAUGAUGAACAAGAUAUAAAGUUAAAGUCUAAACGAAGAGCGGAUUAUUUAAUGAAAGAACAUAUGAAACUUACACAGCAAUGGAUUAAUUUAAAAGAAGCACUUAAACAGAGAGUUAAUCGAAUAUCUACUGAAGGUCAAGUGAGUCGUUUUCUUGAAAAACUUGAUUCAUUUCAAGAUUGGAUGAGAAAACUAAAAAGUGAUGUGUUUGUCCGUGAAUUUCCAAGUGAUUUACAGGAAACUGAAAAUCGUCUAACAGUUAUAGAACAAAGUGCUCAAGAAAUCAAAGACUAUGAAAAUGAAGCAAAUCAACUAUUUGAUACUGGGAGACAACUGCUUAAAGGUUACUAUGACACACCACAUAUUAUGUUGGGACAACGGUUAGCUGCACUUGAAGAUGAUUGGAAAUCAAUUCAAAGUUCAAUGGUCAGUUGUACUACUCGGCUUCAAGAACGUUAUGCUUUGCAGUGCUUUUUGGCUGAAUCUGCAUUACUUGAAGUGACUUUGGAUCAACAGGCCACAUUUUUGGAUAAAGAAAACGUAUUAACAAACCUAGAUGCUGUUCGUGAUAUUCAAAAACAAUAUGAAACAUUUAGGUUUUCUUUAUUGGCUUGUAAAGAUCGAGUUGAUGCCGCGUUAGAAUUAGGUAGGAAUAUAGCAGAAAAAAAUCCAGCAAAUCGUGAUCGUGCGUUAGCUAAAUGUGAAUUAUUUCAACAAAAAUAUGAAGCCAACAAAAUUAAAACAGAAGAACGAAUUGAAUAUUUACAAGAAAAGGCACAACUUUAUGAAUUUUAUGAAGAACUGGAAGAUUUUGAAGAUUGGAUUUUAGAUAAAACUAACUGUUUAAUGGAGAUUCAAUUAGCGAUCAGACAACGAUCACAUUUAUCCUUUAGUCGGAUUAAAGCAUUUGAAGAAGAAAUUGAAGUGAAUCGAAAUCGCGGUGAUCAUUUAUUGAGAAAUUUGUUUUGUCAUAAAUAUGAAUUCAAACCUGUUACAACGGAACAAGUCGGUCGUAAACUUACAGAAGUCUAUCCACAUCUUGAAAAUGAUGUAAAAAAUCGUUUGGAACGUUUGCAUACACGUUGGGAAGAACUAGUUGACCUAGUUCAACAUAUUGUAAAUGUAGUUAGUCAAGAUAAUCGAGAAAAGUUAAUGAAAGAGGCAAUUCAUAAAACUGCUACAUGGCUUAAUGUAAUGAAUGUUCAAUUAGAGAAACCAGAUAGUAAAUUACCAGUUGAUCAAAUCGAUAUGAUUACAUUACAAACACAAAUAAAAGAACAUAAUAAACGAAUUAAAGAUUAUAUGGAUAGAAAAGCUGUUAUCAAUGUUUUAAAGAGUCAAGUCAAUGAUCCUAAUUUUAGUCAAAAUAAAGAAUUUGCACCAAUUGUCAAUGAUCUUGAGCGUAAACUUUUAGCGCUAGACGAACCACUCAAUCAAAAAUUAACGAAUUUACAACAUUUGGAAACAUCGACUCAACAUUUUGUAGAGUUAACUGUUGAAGGUGCAUGGAUCAGAGAAAAAUCACAACAAGUUGAAAAUUUAUCUAAAACGCUAGAACUUGAUCCACAAAAAGCUUAUCAAAUUGGUCAAAGAUUAAUGGUUAUACAUAGAUUGGAAAGACAACUUAAAAGUCAUAUUCUUGAAGCCAAUAAUCGUAGACCUAGAGUUAAAGCUUUAUGUAAAAACAUUGAAAAUGAAUAUUGUGUAGAAGAAGCGAAAAUCACUGAUAAAAUACAACAACAAAAAUUUCAACGUCUUACCAGAGAACUUUUAGAAUUAUGGAAUAAUUUAGAUAGAAAUUUAACUUGUCUACUUGGGCGAAUAACAAUGUCUGAAUCAGUUUAUCAAUUUUUAUUAGAUGCUAGUGAAUUGGAAUCAUGGAUAUCUGAAGAAGAUUUUUAUUUACAUGGAAUAGAAGUACCAAAGAAUGAGCAAAAUGCAUUAAAUAACUUGAAAAAGCAUCAAAUUCGAUCACAUACAAUUGAACAAUGGCAUGAACGUGUUCAAAAUCAUAAUGAACAAGGUCAAAUAUUAUGCCAACAAUUAAAAAUUCAACAAACAAAAUAUCCUGAUACAAAUAUUUUACAAGAAUCACAAUUUUAUUUAAAAUUAAUUCCAUCAUGUUUGUAUCGUAUUAGUCAUUCAUACAAAAAUCUUCAAGGUAUCGUCAAUAAUGUAGCUUCAAUGUUAGAGGCAAAUGCUAUUAAAUAUAGUUUAAUUCGUGAAGCUGAUGAAUUGGAGGCAUGGAUUAAUAAACGUGUUGCACUGGCUACUAAUAAUGACCUUGGAGUUGAUUUGGAUCAUUGUUGUAAUUUACGGGAUAAAUUCAUGAUAUUCAAUAAAGAAACUGUACAAACAGGUUCACAACUUGUCUCAGAUUUAUCAACUAAAUGUGUGCAUUUAAUUGCAUUAGGCAAAUCAGAUUCCGUGAUAAUUGCAUCAAUUAAAGAUAAUAUCAAUGAAAUAUGGGCUGAAUUAUUGGAAUUAAUCGAAACAAGAAAACAAUUAUUAAAAGCGGCAUUGAAUAUGCAUCGAUUUGUUAAUGAUUGUAGAGAUUUUGAAGAAAGAAUUUGUUAUCGUCUUGACAAUCUACCCGAAGCACCAUCUGAUUCUUUAGCAUCUGGACGAAAACAAGGUCUACCUGGUUUACAACGUAGUCAUAAUUUAUUAGAACAGGAACUUUUAUGUUUUGGUGAUCAAUUGAAACAAUUGGAUUUAACAGCUAAACGAUUACUACCACGUUAUGCUGGUAUACAAGCGGAACAGUUACAAGCACAUCAUGAACGUGUUCAAACAAUAUGGAAACGUUUAUUAAAAGUUAUUGAGAUAAGACGUGAUCUAUUAAAAGAAGCUAGUCGAUUAUAUGACUUUCUAGUCAAUGCUCGUGAAUUAAUUUCAUGGUUAGAACAUGCCAAAGAUAUAAUGGAACAUAAAGAAAGACCAAGAGAUAUUUCUGGUGUUGAAUAUUUAAUUGAAGAUCAUAAACAAUUACGGGUGGAAUUAGAAUCACGAAAUCAACGAAUUGAAGAUUGCUUGAAUCUUGGUCGGAUAUUAUUAGCUGAAUUUGCAGCUCAUGAAGAGAAAGCAAUCCUACCAACUAUGAAACCAAGUUUAAUAGCUACACGAACUGAAGUUCGCGAGAGAUGUGUACAAUUAGCAACUGGGCGUAUUUUGUUAAAUGAAUUAUGGCGUGAACGUUGGGAUCGUUUACAUUUAUUAUUAGAAAUACGUCAAUUCGCGCGUGAUGCGAAUAAAUCAGCACGUCGUCAACUAGGUGAGACAUUAGCUGAAACACUAGCUUUACUUGGUGCUCAUUACGCAUUCCAACAAACAUUAGCAACAGCAGACGAAAGAUUUAAUGCAUUGAAAAGAUUAACUACACUUGAACUAAGAUCAAUGCAAUGGGAUCCACAAGAAGUUAUUAUGAGAGAGAAUGAACAAAGAAAUAAAGUUCGUAACGCUGUCAAAGAAUUUCUUCCUGCUUAUGUCGGACAAACUGAGACUUUGGGAAAAUCAACUUCCAUCUUACCAUCACAUACAGUUGGUGUUUCUUCAUCAAAAAUUCCACUGGUAUCUACUGCUUACAUUCAACAUCCCCUAACAAAAAUUCCAUCAACAUCCGAUAGUAUAGCGACAGCAGUUAAGACAACAUCACCUCCCAAAACUGUGGAGUCGUACAAGAGUCCUGGAAAGAAAGUUGAACAUCACGAAACUAUAAUGUCCCCGCGACCAGUUAAACGAUCACAUUCUAGACAAAUACCAGAGUCAUCAGUCGUGAUAACCAAGGAAGAAAGUUUAUCUGACGGGGAUAAAUCAGAACCCAAUAGUCAGAAAUCUGAAGGUUCUUCGGAGAAAAUUCCAAUUUACACUGAAAAACCGUCUUCAUAUAAUCGUCAUGUAGAAGAAACUACUGAUGAAAAUAAUAACACUCGUUCACUGGAAACUGUAGAUCAGCCACAUGAACACCAACAAAAACAUAUAACUCGAAGCCGUUCACUAAGAGUUAGAUCUUCUCAAUCUGACUUGCCAACGACUGAAUCCCCUGCUUCAACAACCAAGUUGAAAUUCUUUGAAAGUGCUGAACAAGAGCCAACUAGGUUAUCACAGGAACCUGAAACAUCGACAAGUGGACAACCAGUUUUACCAAAACUAGAGGGUCCGGUUAUACGAAAGCACGAUUUAGAUUCUGGUGGAUCUUUACAUUCAAAAAGUCAAGGUCGGAGCUGGUUACCUCUUUAUCUGGUUCUUGAUUCAGGUCAACUAUUUGUUUACAAAGAUCAACAAAGUCGUCGGGAAAAACCAAACAUAUACUAUCAUGAUACAUCACCAUUAAGUUUACUGUCAUCAAGAGCUGCUCCUGCUAUAGAUUACACAAAACGACCAUGUGUAUUUCGAUUACGUCUUGGAGAUGGUAGUGAAUAUCUAUUUCAAACUGCAAAUGACAAUGUUCUUAAUCGUUGGGUUACAGCCAUCAACGAAUCAGCUAAGUGCUUAACUUCUGAAUUCAGUAAACAUCAAACUGGGCAUACUUUAACACUUCCUGUGACAACUCAUUCUAGAAGUUUUCAAAGUAAUGGUUAUCGUCGUUCUAUUAGAAAUUUUUUCUCUUUACGUCGUAAAUCAUAA